AUGUCGGACAACGAUCCCGAGAAAUUAGAUUCUCAUGGUAAAUCGGAAAUCGCCACCACCAUCACAACGUCUUCUGAAAGACCGGAUGAACCACCCAAAAGGACAAGGUCAGAUGUUCAGACUACGUCUCUUGAACUCUCAUCACGUCAGAAAAAAGAACGGGAUGAAGCUGCCAUGGCACAUAGGUACGAUCCGCUUCUCAAGAAUGUCUAUUGCAUAAUCAUGGCCAGGAACCAAAAAGAACGGGAAGAAGCUGCCAAAUCUCAAUCAAAACCCAUGGAUGACAAAGAACUGUUCCCUCACAGACCGGAUGAGCUGACCGAAAGAGAAGGACCAGGCAAAAACGACUGCGUGGCAAAAUCUCAAUUGAAGCCGAUGGAGGAUGAAGAGCAUGCAGAACCGGAAAUCCCUGGAAAAAUCAUCAUUGCAUCAAGUUCUACUCCAAUUCAUUGCGAAUCAUCACAAAAGAAUCCAGAACUAGUCAAAAGCAGAAAUGAAAUGAAGGAUCGUCCGAGAGCACAAGCAAACACUGAUGUCGAAUCCGUUGUCCCAUUUGAAACUACUGAUGUCGUAGAUCUUUUGGCUUUAAAGAAUGCCGCCGACGUGGUUUCAUCAUUGCCGAUUUUGGAUGUCACUGGAAGUCAAAAAGGUGUUGUCCUUCAGGCUUCCGAGAUUGCAAAAGAGUUGGCUGAAUUGCGAAGUGCACCAGAGUAUUCUACCGUGGAGUUGAAGUCUCCAAACGCUGUUGACUUCAAUUUUGGAUUCGAUGAUGACUUCGUCGCUGCUGAAACGAAAGGUACUGCCGGGAAUAAAGUUGUGGAUGCUGUUGAGGACCCUGAUAUGAUAAGAGACGCGAAGGCUGUCGUCGAUAAACUGGUGAAUGACGUGGACAAAAGCAUACCAAAGCCUCGGAAGCCUCGACAAGCAAGGUGGAACUUCAAAAAAGCGGCCCAGAUGGAAGCUGAUGCUCUUCUCAGUUCUAUAGGAGAAGGCUCGCAAGACAUUACCGGAAUCAUCAUCCGUGAGAAGCUCUACGACCCAUUCGUCGACCACGAAAUACAGUACCGUGGUACAGAUUCUUCUCGAAAAAGGAAAGCAUUUUUAGUUCCCAACGAAAGAUCUCUCCUGUUAUCUUCCAAUCAACCAAAACGUGCUCAGGCUUCAUGGACUUGGGGAGGUGCCGCAGGUAUCGAAGAAGUUCCAGACAUGGAAGAACUGCCAGACAAUGAAGAAGCGUCCAACAUCAAAGAAGUGUCGGACAGUCUAGAAGACACCCGAGAAGCGUCAAGUAUCGGGGAAGGAUCGUCCAACUCGGCCGAAUAUCGUUCUAUAAAUCGUUGUGUUGAAGCUCUAGAAUUCUCAAACAUUGAAGAACUCUCGCCACGUCAACGUCAAAUUGUAGCAGCGGAGAAAAGAUUGGAGGAGUCAUCCAGGGGCCGUAAACGUCAAUCGACCGAGCCUCAAAGCCUCGUCACUCCCAUUCGUAGGCAGAAAAUUUCACACCUCGUCACUCCACGCCAACAAAAAUUGAAGCAUCUAAGUGUUCUACAACAGACUACAGACGAGCCUGGAAAAAUCAAAUGCCGUGUUGCCCUCUCAGUUCUGAAAAAUUGCUUGCUUGCAAUGGACUAUACAGUGUUCCAGAAUGAAAUUAGAGAAAUCGACCAACUGACAUCGUCCUCGUAUGAAGCCACCGUUCCAAUCUCCACACUUUCGAGAUCCCUUCACAACGUGUUGGUCAUGGCCAAGAGAUUCACAGAUAAUCACAGUACUAUUCCUCUGGCAACUGUCUCUGUGACUUUGGCCUCGACUGUCCUCCAAUUGAAGAUGGUUGAUGAUUACGCGAAAAGGGUUUUCGAAUUCAACAAAAGUGUAGCCCGUACUAACAAAAUGGUGAGCACAUCUGCUCUGAGAGCUGCCUUCAACAUGGCCAUUGUCAUGGUCUGUGAUAUGUACUUCGCGAUCCGCAUCAAAUCGCUCGAUCUGGCAACCUCAAAUGAUUGCUCGUUUGCCGCUGAAGAUUCUUUUCUAGGUGGAGAAUCAACAAUAGAUUGCCAACAGCUUUUUAAAGGGCUUUACUUCUUCUUCAAAGUGGUUGGCAUUGAAGAUUUGGCUAGGGAUCUGAGUAGUGACCGCUUUAAGAGCUCGAAAUGCAAAGUCCCGAGAAAUGAAGUCAUCAUGGCUUUGAAGGAUUUCUCUGAAGUCGCGUGCCGCCAUUCCGUCGAUCCAACCAAGGAAGAUGGGUUGGAGAGCUUAAAAUUGGACCUCAGCAAAGUCCUCACCCAGAUGCUCUCCCUUCUCCUUUUUCUCGAAUUCGAAGAGUCCGACCUUUACCAAGUGAUAAAGGCAGAGGAGGAAAAAUCCAAGGAAAAAAUGGUCAACCACGAUUUUUUGAAGAAGGCGGCCAUAUACAUGGUGUUUAUGUUCUCUCCGUCGUCGGCCGAAGAGGGACCAUCAGGACAGACCAAAUGA